AUGUUAAAUUUAUUUAUGGAUUCAAGGCACAUUAAAAGAUUCUUCACGUCGCCCGAGUAUGAAAAAGGCCCUCAACCGUCGGGGGCAAGUCGUGGGAACUGGAAGAACUUGGCUGAAACUCAAGAAGAUGAAGAUGCUUUUGAUUACGUUAAAUUUAGAAACCAACCUAAACCAUCUGGAGUAGUUGGCUCAGUGGCACACAUGGUAAAGGGUGCAUUGGGCGGUGGAAUUCUGGGUGGUCAUGUGGCAUAUAUGAAAGCUGGUGUUUUCGUCGGUAUCCCAUUCAACCUCAUAUUUGGCUUAUACAUGACUUAUUGUUUAUAUAUUCUAGUUCAAUCAGCUCAAGUGCUAUACAGAAGAACUCGAGUCACUUUUAUGACAUACCCUGAUGUCGGUGAGGCAGCAAUGGCUUGUUUUCCAAACCCGAAUGUCGCAAAAUAUUCGAAGAUUUUUAGAUACACAAUAGAUGCGAUUAUAUGUAUUGACUUGUUCGGAGCGUGUGCCUGUUAUCAAAUUAUUAUAGCGAAAUCUAUAAAGCAACUUGUAGAGAACACUCAAUUAACACACAUUUAUGGUUUGGGUCCAGUAUUCUGCAUAUUUUUAACAAUCUACUAUGCAUUUGACUUGAAUCCAACUUUCUCAAAUAUGGUGGGAGUCACCAAGUUGUACAACUUCUUUGAGUACGUCGGCAUGUCGGUGUUCAGCAUGUCCUGCUCGGGAGUAGUGAUACCGAUAGAGAAUAAUAUGAGGGAACCCCAUAAGUUCCCUCAGGUAUUGAUGACUGGAAUGGCUCUUAUUAUAAUGUGCACAUUUUCGGUGUCGUUCUUUGGAUAUGUAGGCUUCUUAGAGAACUGCGAAUCUCCUAUCACCGUUAACUUUCCUAUGACUAUCUAUUACAAUAUACCUGUUGCUUUGCUUGCUAAA